CAAAAAUUGCUGACAAAAUUUUCUCUUUCCAUUUUAUUUUAUUUAUUUUAUUUUUAAUAUCUUUUACUGCACAUUCCUUAUAUUACUCUUUCCACAUUCUGUAGGCUUCUCUUCUCACUCUCCGUUCCUUUCUCUCUCUCUCUCUCUCUCUCUCUCUCUUAUUUUUCAUUUAUUUUUCUUAAUUUUCUUUGCAAAUUGUAUUGGUUAGAGUAUUGAUCAGAGCAAUAUAUAUAUAUAUAUAUAUAUAAAUAUCAAAUUCAAAGCAAAGAAAUGGUGGGUAGCGGGUUGUACAUAAAGAAGGAAACAGAUUGGCUUAGUACCCUUCUGGAAAGUGAUUUCUUUGGUCCUUGUUCUGAUCAUCAAGACCUCAGGAAAAAUGAGAAAAAUGUGUUCUGCAUCGACUGCAGUCAUGAGUUUUGCAGACAUUGUAUGGCUCACAGCCAGCACCGGUCACUUCAGAUCUGCAAAUAUGUCUAUCAAGAUGUGGUUCGCCUUCAAGAAAUGCAGAAGCAUCUAGACUGUACCAAAAUUCAGACAUACAAAAUCAAUGGUGAAAAAGCUGUACAUUUGAAUCCUCGUCCUCAAGCUAAAGAUGCCAAACCAUCAACAAAAUCAAAAACUGGUGCUGCCUGUGACGCUUGUAGAAGAUACCUUCAAGACCCACCUAACCGCUUUUGUUCCAUUGCUUGCAAGGUAUCAGCUGUUGAUGUGAAGCCAAAAGACCAAAGUGAAAAAAUGGAAUUGCCAAUACAAGAAAUUCCUGAUCUUUCCUGGAAGGACAAUCAAAAUUCGGAAACAAGUUCAGGAGAAAAGCAAUCCUCACUCUCAUCGACAGAUGUUUCGGAGGAGAUCAAAACACUGGGGAGCGCAAGUUUAAAGCCUAGGAAACGAGUGAACAAAAGGAAAGGCAUUCCUCGUAGAGCUCCUCUCAGUUAACAAUGCAGAAUUUUGGUAGAUACUGCAAAAAAAGCACAAGAGAAAAAAUGGUUGAUUGAAUUGAAGUUGAUGCGCAGCAGCAGUGUUUCAAGAUUGAUUUUUAAUCUUUGUAUCUACCCAUUUUGACAGAUUUGAUUGGAUCUAUCCUGAUUUUGUUUUCCUUUAAUAUCCUUUUUUUCCUUAAAUUUUCUUUCUUAGGUUGUCAUGGAUCAAGAGCUUUGUCUCAAUCUUUGUCGGUUUAAACUAAUGUUAUUUAUUUUUCAUCUGAUCUUCGGUAACCAUCAAAUUUUGGGACCCUCCUCCUCCUUACAUCAUGGCAACAAUGUCUUGUUCAUUUAUUUAUUUUUUGUUCAUAUCAUAUGAAUGUGGCAGACAAAAAGAGCCGCAAAAAAAAGAUGUGAGUGAAUAGGGAUGGUGAGAAUCCGGCGAACCAAGCAACGAGGUAAAAGUCCUAUUUGUGCUCACGUCGCACAUGGUAUUGCCUAACUUUUUCCCCAUUUUUGCAGAGAAUUGUCUUA